UUUGAGAGAUAAUAUUUCCAAAAGACUGAUUAACAGCUCUGUUAUCAAUAGGAUGAUGCUCCUUGUGAUAAUCAUACUUUUAGCUGUUUCUCCGGUCAGGACUCAGUCUACAAGUCUUUCAUCCUUUCUCAGCUCCUUAAACAACUUGUUAAAUUCCAUAUUACAACUCAGUCAGCAAAUCAGCAGUGGGACAUCUGGUGCUGGUCAGAUAAAUACUAGUGCUACAGAAGCAUCCUAUACUAAUCAUGUUAUACAAAGUCAUCCAACCAGUAAUCAGCUGACAUCUUUCAGUACAAAGAAUAGUACACUGUCAGCACCUACCAGAUCCCCAGUAACCAACUUCAGCAAAGGAAUGAGUACGCAGUCAGUACCAACCAAUACUCCGGUAACCAACUCCAGCAAAGGAAUAAGUACUCACUCAAUACUAACCAAUACUCCAGUAACCAACUCCAGCAAAGGAAUCAGUGCUCAGUCAAUACCAACCUAUACUCUAGUAACCAACUCCAGCAAAGGAAUCAGUACUCAGUCAAUACCAAUCAAUACUCUAGUGACCAAUUCCAGCAAAGGAAUCAGUACUCAGUCAAUACCAACCAAUACUCUAGUGACCAACUCCAGUACAAGAAUCAGCACCCUGUCAGUGCUAACCAGUAGCCCAGUGACCAACUCCAGUUCAGAAAUCAGCACCCUGUCAGUGCCAACCAGUAGCCCGGUGACCAACUCCAGUACAGGAAUCAGCACCCUGUCUGCACCAACCAGUAGCCCAGUAACCAACUCCAGUACAGGAAUCAGCACCCUGUCAGCACCAACCAGUAUCCCAGUGACCAACUCCAGAACAGAAAUCAGCACCCUGUCAGCGCCAACCAGUAGCCCAGUGACCAACUCCAGUACAGGAAUCAGCAACCUGUCAGCACCAACCAGUAUCCCAGUGGCCAAAUCCAGUACAGGAAUCAACACCCUGUCAGCACCAAACAGUAGCCCAGUAACCAACUCCAGUACAGGAACCAGCACCCUGUCAGCACCAACCAGUAGCCCAGUGACCAACUCCAGUACAGGAACCAGCACCCUUUCAGCACCAACCAGUAGCCCAGUGACCAACUCCAGUACAGGAAUCAGCACCCUGUCAGCACCAAACAGUAGCCCAGUGACCAACUCAAGUACAGGAACCAGCACCCUGUCAGCACCAACCAGUAGCCCAGUCAUCAACUCCAGUACAGGAACCAGCACCCUGUCAGCACCAACCAGUAGCCCAGUGGCCAACUCCAGUACAGGAAUCAGCACCCUGUCAGCACCAACCAGUAGCCCAGUCACCAACUCCAGUACAGGAAUUAGCACCUGGUCAGCUCCAACCCGUAGCCCAGUGACCAACUCUAGUACAGGAAUCAACACCCAGUCAGCACAAACGAGUAGCCCAGUGACCAACUCCAGUACAGGAAUCAGCACCCAGUCAGCACAAACCAGUAGCCCAGUGACCAACUCCAGUACAGGAAUCAGCAACCUGUCAGCAUCAACCAGUAGCCCAGUGACCAACUCCAGUACAGGAUCCAGCACCCUGUCAGCACUAACCAGUAGCCCAGUGACCAACUCCAGUACAGGAACCAGCACCCUGUCAGCACCAACCAGUAGCCCAAUGACCAACUCCAGUACAGGAAUCAGCACCCUGUCAGCACCAACCAGUAGCCCAGUCACCAAUUCCAGUACAGGAAUUAGCACCCGGUCAGCACCAACCCGUAGCCCAGUGACCAACUCUAGUACAGGAAUCAGUACCCAGUCAGCACAAACCAGUAGCCCAGUGACCAACUCCAGUACAGGAAUCAGCACCCAGUCAGCAAAAACCAGUAGCCCAGUGACCAACUCCAGUACAGGAAUUAGCAACCUGUCAGCAUCAACCAGUAGCCCAGUGACCAACUCCAGUACAGGAACCAGCACCCUGUCAGCACCAACCAGUAGCCCAGUGACCAACUCCAGUACAGGAAUCAGCACCCUGUCAGCACCAACCAGUAGCCCAGUGACCAACUCCAGUACAGGAAUCAGCACCCUGUCAGCACCAACUAGUAUCCCAGUGACCAACUCCAGUACAGGAAUCAGCACCCUGUCAGCACCAACCAGUAGCCCAGUGACCAAUUCCAGUACAGGAAUCAGCACCCUGUCAGCAAAAACCAGUAGCCCAGUGACCAACUCCAGUACAGGAAUUAGCAACCUGUCAGCAUCAACCAGUAGCCCAGUGACCAACUCCAGUACAGGAACCAGCACCCUGUCAGCACCAACCAGUAGCCCAGUGACCAACUCCAGUACAGGAAUCAGCACCCUGUCAGCACCAACCAGUAGCCCAGUGACCAACUCCAGUACAGGAAUCAGCACCCUGUCAGCACCAACUAGUAUCCCAGUGACCAACUCCAGUACAGGAAUCAACACCCGGUCAGCACCAACCAGUAGCCCAGUGACCAAUUCCAGUACAGGAAUCAGCACCCGGUCAGCACCAUCCAGCCCAGUCACUAAAUUCAGUACAUCAUUACUACCAAAUGGAACCAACAUCAACACUUUACAUACAACAUCAGCUGGAGUUAUUGAUACAUUUCCAUGGUGGAAUAUGAUCCUUAUUGCUCUGGCUGUUAUAAUCGUGCCCCAGGUUUAGCAGGUGCCUUCUUCCCUGUGCUGACAAUAUAGAAAUCACACCGGCAACCAGUUAAAGUGGUGAAAAAUGUACUCAACCUUUCUGUUGCGUGUCUCUGUGUGCCACACUAAGCAUGGAGAAGGGAAAGAGCAGCAAAGAAUUGUCUGAGGAUUUGAGAACAAAAAUUGUGGAAAAGCAUGGACAAUCUCAAGGUUACAAGUCCAUCUCCAGAGAUCUUAAUGUUCCUGUGUCCACUGUGCGCAACAUUGUCAAGAAGUUUACAGCCCAUGGCAUUGUAGCUAAUCUCCCUGUGUGUGGACGAAAGAAAAAAAUUGAUCAAAGAUUGGGCAACAAAGGAUUAUUCGAAUGGUGGAUAAAGAACCUUGAUCAACUUCCAGACAAAUUCAAGAUGACCAUCAGACACAGGGUACAAAUGUGUCAGCUCACAGUAUACGUCGCCAUCUGAAUGAAAAGGGACGCUAUAGUGAACUGCUUGUGCAAUGAUAAAUGAUGGGAACUGCUUGUGCAAUGUUAAAUGAUUGGGCCGAAUUAUCAAGCUCCGAAAGCUUGAUGCCCCUUGUGUCUGAAUGCUUGAUGCCCCCUUGAUGCCCCUUGUGUACGAAUGCUUGAUGCCCCUUGUUUCCGACGAGCCUUCAGGCUCACCAGAAACAGAAGUUAUGAAGCAGCGGUCUAAAGACUGCUGCUUCUUAACUUGUCCGCCUGCUCUGAGGCCGCGGACAGAAAUCAACCAAAUCUGCAGGGGGCGGCAUUACAAUGAUAAAUGCAAAGAGCGUAUGCUGUCGGCAUUUAUCGAUGUACGGCAGACACGAUAUGCUACAUUGUAUCAUGUCCGCUCGCACAUUAAUAAAUAGGCCCCAUAGUAUUUAUAUUUACUUUUUUGUUAUAUAAUGACAAUUAUUUUUGUUUCAUUUUUAAUGUGUAAUUUAUUUGCACAUUUAUUAGAAAUGUUUAAACUGUUUUUUGUUAUAAUGUUUAUCCAUAGGGUGAUCUGGGGAUGAGAGUCAGAAUAAUGUGUCACACUAAUAGUGUAGAGCUCUGCUUUGCAUCUAUAACCAAUAACAUCUGCACAAACUUUUGUUACACCUACAAAUUUCAGCACAUUAUUGUAUACAAUGAGACUAAACAAGGAUAAACAAUAUAGACAUUCAGAGUUUAAAUUAAAACAUAAUAUAAUUUAUAUAUUUUUUGUAGAUUAACUAUUUUGUGAUACCUUCCAAGAAUUCUUCCUGAGGGCCCCGGCUUCAGGUUGCUUAUGUGAUCUAUGGACAUUCAUACAAUCUUGUGUAUAUUAUUAACUGAUAAAUGAAUCUAUCAGAGGCAUUUUGCGAUAUAAUCAAGGAAUUCUUCAAGAGAGCCCGGCAUCAGGCUACCAAUGUGACCACUGGACUUUCUUAACACCUUAUGCAUUUACUGCUAAAUAUUUCUAUCAGGGGAGUAACUACAGGGGUCCCACCGAAGAUGGGUCCCAGCCUUCUAGAGGGGCUGCCCAUCCUGUCCUAGUGUGUGUGUGGGGUGGUCAUGGUACCACACUUAUCUCUGCUUCUUUCUAUAGCACUUAAUUUAUAAGGCACUGCAACUCCCCAGUACUCUGCACGGCUCAUUGCGUAUUCUGAGAAAAUAAAGGGUUUAUAGUGUAUAAA